AUGUGUAAGCAAAUAAUUCCUCCCAACCGAGUCAUAGUUACAAACAAUUUGUUAGGAAGCUUUCUAGAGUCACCUCCUGCACCAGCAAGAAAGGGUAAACGAAACAUAGAGAGAUUCCCUUUUGCUAUAACAUCUGAGCGAUAUCAGGAGAUGUUCAGGAAAAAAGAAGUAUUAAAGAAACAACAGGAAGAAGAGAAGGAAAAUAGAAAAAGGAAGAAGCAGGAAAAACGAAACGAAAAACAAGGUAAAAGUAACAAUUCACAAACAGCAACACAGUGCUCUGCCUGCCUAAAGGUCAUCAGAUCUGGUGAACUACAAAGUGAUGACUAUAAACGAUACUAUCAUCAAAAAUGUGUCCCACAAAGCCACGAACGUAACACACCUAGCGACGACGAUUUAUACAUAUAUCAUAGCUGCUACAGAUUGAGUGAUAGUGACCAGGAUUGUGAAGAUAUUGAUGAUCAGGAAGUCGAUGAAUUAUACGAACAAUAUAAUCAGGCAAAAAAGCAUUUUACAAAUGAUUAUACCACAUUAUAUAAGACCCGUCCAAUAAAUGAUGCGUUCAAUAACUAUAUUUUUUUUGCAUAUGUUCAAAUUAUCAUUGUUAGUGUAAAUUCUGCAAAGCUAUUUUUAAAUAUGUUCUAG